AUGAACACUGCUGGUACUAUUUUGCCUGAUGAAGUGCGAGUAAAAUCUGGUAGUGUUGUCCGAAUACUGCCAACUGAUGCAGACGAUGAAACGGUGGGCAGAAGCAACGAACACUUUGAUGACGAUGAUGACAGUGACGAGACCAGUGUUCACCACGAAUCUGAAAGUUCCUCUAUACCAGGUUUACUUUUGUUACAGUUGGAAGCAGUCUACUCAGCGACGUAUUAG